CACCGGUCGACGCUCUCUCGGUCAGUAGCGCUUCGAACCAUGGCCCGCCCCACGGACGCGCCGCUCUUUCGCCCGACGUCGCUCUCGGACGUCGAGGCCCAAAUGCUCUGCGACAUUGGCAAGAAUGCGUUCUCCAAGCUCCUCGAGACCACGCGCUGCCUGCGCGAGCUGCUCAUCUCGCAGCCCGACGUCGAGCACAACGACCUCAAGAAGCGGUAUUUCGCUGCGACGUUCAAUCUCAUGGGCAACAUCGAUGAGAUUGCCGACUUUUGCGUCAAGGUGUCGUGCGCCGGCGACUCGAGCGCGCACCGUAAGAUCGCCGCCGAGCUCUUCUGCCUCGAGGCCACCGCGCGCCUCUACUCGAUCGAGUACCCGACGUCCGUCGCGCCGUACCACUACAUUGGCAUGCGCUGGAGCCACAUCAAAUCCCCGAUGCGCAUGCUGCUCCGGGACCGCGAUUUCUGCACGAUCGAGUACCAAGACGAGUACAUUGAUGAGAACGGCCAGCGCGGCUACGCCAUGUGCAGCCACUCGGUCGAGCACAACGCGUGUCCGCCGCUCGAUCUGGGUCAAAACUACGUGCGCUCCAAGCUCUUCCACUCGGGCUAUGUCUUUACCGAGACCGACAUCCCAAACGUGCUCAAGGUCACACUCUACUUUGACUAUGGCCAGCACCAAAAGAUGGCGCACUACAUGCUCCUUAACACGGUCGCCCGCCACCGGCUCCAGCGCAUCGAGCGCAUCAACAGCCUCAUCGGGUCGCACCAGCCGCGCCACGUGACCUCGUCCAUGCACUCGAACGGCGGCUUGAACACGCCGACCAAGUGCGCCAUGUGUGACAAGGCGUUCUCGAAAGGCCUCUCUCUCUUCCAGCGCAAGGCGACCUGCUGCAUUUGCCACUCGGUCGUUUGUCGGAGCUGUUCGUGCGAGUGGGACGUCGACACGGGUCGAGGCUUGCGUCGGGACCGCGUCUGCAAGCACUGCUUCCGCGACAUGCACCAGAACGCGCGCCGACUGAAUGACUACCGCGAUACGAUGAGCCACUACACGAACCGGUACAGCCACGGCAACCACAGCGUCGUCGACCUCAUCGAGACGCACUCGCAGCGCUCGAUGCUGUCGCCGGCUCCGUCGGCCAAGUCGUCGACGUCGCGCCUCACGACCGUCGCGUCGUCGAUGGCAGCGGCCGCCCAGCAGCACCGCCAGUCGUCAACGCAGCAGUACAACUUUAACCACCGGUUCCAGCCCCCCAAAACAUACCAAAUCGACGACCCGGUCCGCGACACGCGCACGAACUCGGUCGAGAGCUCGUACUCGGCCUACAGCGCCACGCUCAAGCCCAUGGACCGCCGACCGGUCGACCCGCCGCCGCGCGCCUCAUCGAACGACUCGAGCCGCUCGACGCUGUCGGAAAACAUUGAUAUUCUUACGUCGUCGAACCGCGCGCCGGUGAUCUGGCCAACGUACAAUGUGCCGGUCGCCGUGGCGAUCGCGGUGCCAGCACCCGAGGCGCUCCUGCCCCGGGAAUCCAUGGGCAGCCUCUGCGACCUCUCGUACCUGAACCAUAUUCUGACCGUGAACAAUGAUGACACGCAGUCGUCACCGGGCUCGACCACGUCGAGUGCCGCGUCGCGUGUCUCGACGGCGUCGCGGCGCCACGGCCACCGCCGCCCGAGCAACCGCUCGAAUGCGUCGUCCAACAAAUCGGACCUCUCGUAUCUGUCAACGUACAACUCGUCCAAUUAUUAAAUAGAGCUAGUUUAUGUGUGUGCGUUCUGGACCGCUC